CUCGCGCUCUCCCGCGGCUGGGGCGCGCCCCCCCCGCAGCAUGGAGGCUGGGAAGCGCAGCUCCUCCGCCGGCAGCCGGGACGAUGGCAGCGCUAACUCCUUCCCAGCCAAGCCGGCGGCUCCGGCGGAGAAAGCCCAGAGCAGCCCCGGCAGCGGCGGCGUGAAGGAGCAUGGCAACUCGGUGUGCUUCAAAGUGGACGGCGGCGGGGGCGAGGAGCCCGUGGUGGGCUUCGAGGAUGCCGAGGGACCCCGGCGGCAGUACGGCUUCAUGCAGCGGCAGUUCACCUCCAUGCUGCAGCCGGGGGUCAACAAAUUCUCCCUCCGCAUGUUCGGGAGCCAGAAGGCGGUCGAGAAGGAGCAGGAAAGGGUUAAAACUGCGGGGUUCUGGAUCAUCCACCCCUACAGCGACUUCAGGUUUUACUGGGACUUAAUCAUGCUCAUAAUGAUGGUUGGAAACCUUGUCAUUAUACCUGUUGGAAUCACAUUCUUCACGGAACAAACAACAACACCAUGGAUUAUUUUCAAUGUGGCAUCAGACACUGUUUUUCUAUUGGACUUGAUCAUGAAUUUUAGAACUGGGACUGUAAAUGAAGACAGCUCUGAAAUCAUACUGGACCCUAAAAUCAUUAAGAUGAAUUACUUAAAAAGCUGGUUUGUGGUUGACUUCAUCUCAUCAAUACCAGUGGAUUAUAUCUUUCUCAUUGUAGAAAAAGGAAUGGAUUCAGAGGUUUACAAGACAGCAAGAGCACUUCGUAUUGUGAGAUUUACAAAAAUCCUCAGCCUGUUACGUUUAUUGCGCCUUUCAAGACUGAUUAGAUACAUACACCAGUGGGAAGAGAUUUUCCACAUGACGUAUGAUCUGGCCAGUGCAGUGGUGAGAAUCUUUAAUCUCAUUGGAAUGAUGCUCCUGCUGUGCCACUGGGAUGGUUGUCUACAGUUUUUAGUACCAUUACUCCAGGAUUUCCCACCAGAUUGCUGGGUGUCCCUAAACGGUAUGGUUAAUGAUUCCUGGGGAAAGCAGUAUUCCUAUGCACUCUUCAAAGCCAUGAGCCAUAUGCUCUGCAUUGGUUAUGGAGCCCGUGCCCCUGUCAGCAUGUCCGACCUGUGGAUAACCAUGUUGAGUAUGAUCGUGGGGGCUACUUGUUAUGCCAUGUUUGUUGGUCAUGCCACUGCCCUCAUUCAGUCUCUGGAUUCCUCACGACGACAAUAUCAAGAAAAGUACAAACAAGUGGAACAGUACAUGUCAUUCCACAAGUUACCUGCUGAAAUGCGCCAGAAGAUCCAUGAUUACUAUGAGCAUCGCUACCAAGGCAAGAUCUUUGAUGAAGAAAAUAUUUUGAAUGAGCUCAAUGAUCCUCUUAGGGAGGAGAUUGUCAACUUCAACUGUCGGAAACUGGUUGCUACAAUGCCUCUUUUUGCUAAUGCAGACCCAAAUUUUGUGACUGCCAUGCUAAGCAAACUGCGAUUUGAGGUGUUUCAGCCUGGAGAUUAUAUUAUCCGAGAAGGGGCUGUGGGUAAAAAGAUGUAUUUCAUUCAACAUGGUGUUGCUGGUGUCAUCACCAAAUCCAACAAGGAGCUGAAGCUGACAGAUGGCUCUUACUUUGGAGAGAUCUGCCUUUUGACCAAAGGCCGUCGAACUGCCAGUGUAAGAGCAGACACAUACUGUCGCCUGUAUUCCCUCUCAGUGGACAAUUUCAACGAGGUCCUGGAAGAGUACCCCAUGAUGAGAAGGGCCUUCGAAACAGUGGCAAUUGAUAGGCUAGACAGGAUAGGGAAGAAGAACUCAAUCCUCCUGCAGAAGUUCCAGAAAGACCUCAACACCGGCGUUUUCAACAAUCAGGAGAACGAGAUCCUGAAGCAGAUCGUGAAGCACGACAGGGAGAUGGUGCAGACCAUCGCCCCGGUGAGCCUGCAGCAAAUGCCGGCCCUCAACUCCAGCACCUCGGCCUCGUCCUCGCGCGGCCGGACGCAGUCGCCGCCCGUGUACAGCACCAGCAGCCUCUCCCACGGGAACCUGCACUCCCCCUCGCCCAGCACGCAGACGCCCCAGCAGGCUGCCGUCAUCCUCUCGCCCUGCUCCUACACCACAGCCGUCUGCAGUCCUCCGGUACAGAGCCCGCUGGCCGGCCGAACUUUCCAGUACGCCUCGCCCACCGCCUCGCAGCUCUCCCUGAUGCAGCAGCAGCAACAGCCGCAGCAGCCGCCGCCGCAAGCGUCCCAGCAGCCCCCCGGCGCGGCGCAGAAGAACGAGGUGCACAAGAGCACCCAGGCCCUCCACAACACCAACCUGACGCGGGAGGUGCGGCCGCUCUCGGCCUCGCAGCCCUCGCUGCCCCACGAGAUCUCCACGCUGAUCGCCAGGCCUCACCCCACCGUGGGCGAGUCCCUCGCCUCCCUCCCGCAGCCCGCCCCGGGUCCCGGCGUGCCCCCGGCCGGCCGCGCCUCCGUCCCGCAGCGGGUCUCGCUCUUCCGACAGAUGUCCUCGGGAGCCAUUCCCCCGAACCGGGGGGCCGCGCCGCCCGCUGCUCCCCUGCAAAGGGAUUCUUCCACAGUCUUAAGCACAGAGCCCGAGGGAGACAAACCGCGUUUCGCCUCAAACUUAUGAUCCCUGAUGACUGUGAGCAACAGACUUUCAACAAACCGAGCACCAUCCCCCGAACUGUUGUAGCCUAUUUCCUAAUGUUCCCCAGCAGUCUACUAUGAGAAAAAUACUUUAGACAGCUUUGCCCUAUGUAACGAAUGUAAAAAUUAUAUAUGUAUAUGUAUAUACAUAUAUAUGUAUACAUAUAUAUAUUAAAAGAAUUAAAAAAACUUGUUUGAAUUCAUGUCUUCCUUCCUCUCAACCAUUAAGGAAAAUUAAAUUUAGCUGUAAUGUUUUUAAUGUGUUGACUUCAAAAUCAGCCUAAGAGCUGUUCUCUGUCUAGGGGAUCUGCUAUUUUCAUUAUUGUCAACACAAUAACAAACUUCAAACAAGUAUAUUAAAAA